UAGUACUAACAACUAACCAAACAGAGUGUGAUCACUGUAUUGAAAGUUCUGUGUCUAUACCUAAACUCACCAACCAAAAUUUCCAGUAGAGAAGGAAGGAAAAUGGCUUCAUCUCUGCUUACCAAACAGUUUCUCGGGGCUCCGUUUUCAAGCCUCGGAUCCGGGCAGCAACCAUCCAAGCUCUGUUCUUCAAACCUCCGAUUCCCAACUCACCGAUCACAGCCCAAACGACUAGAGAUACAGGCUGCUGGUAAUACAUUUGGAAAUUAUUUCCGCGUUACAACUUUUGGAGAAUCUCACGGUGGUGGUGUUGGUUGUAUAAUUGAUGGAUGUCCCCCUCGACUCCCACUCUCAGAGUCGGAUAUGCAAGUGGAACUUGACAGGAGGAGGCCAGGUCAAAGCCGAAUUACCACACCAAGAAAAGAGACUGAUACUUGCAAAAUAUCAUCAGGCACUGCCGAUGGUUUGACUACGGGAUCUCCAAUCAAAGUUGAAGUACCCAACACUGACCAGAGAGGAAAUGACUAUAGUGAAAUGUCCCUUGCUUAUAGGCCAUCUCAUGCUGAUGCAACUUAUGACUUCAAGUAUGGAGUAAGAUCAGUACAGGGGGGCGGUAGAUCUUCAGCAAGAGAAACCAUCGGGAGAGUCGCUGCUGGAGCUGUUGCCAAGAAAAUUCUCAAACUUUAUUCAGGAACUGAGAUCCUUGCUUAUGUUUCACAAGUUCACAAUGUUGUACUUCCAGAGGAUUUGGUUGAUAACCAGACUGUGACACUAGAGCAGAUUGAAAGCAAUAUUGUUCGUUGCCCGAACCCUGAAUAUGCAGAAAAGAUGAUUGCUGCCAUUGAUUAUGUACGAGUGAGGGGAGAUUCUGUUGGUGGUGUCGUAACUUGCAUUGUUAGAAAUGUUCCACGAGGUCUUGGUACACCAGUCUUUGAUAAACUUGAAGCUGAGCUGGCUAAAGCUUGCAUGUCAUUACCAGCAACAAAGGGUUUUGAGUUUGGAAGUGGCUUUGCAGGUACUUUCAUGACUGGCAGUGAGCAUAAUGAUGAGUUCUUUAUGGAUGAACAUGACCAAAUCAGGACAAAAACCAAUAGAUCUGGUGGUAUCCAGGGAGGCAUAUCAAAUGGAGAAAUUAUUAAUAUGAGAAUAGCAUUCAAGCCAACUUCUACAAUUGCAAGGAAGCAACAUACUGUUAGUAGGGAUAAACAUGAGACUGAACUCAUUGCUCGUGGUCGCCAUGAUCCUUGUGUGGUUCCACGAGCUGUUCCGAUGGUGGAAGCAAUGGUCGCCCUGGUGCUCGUGGAUCAGUUGAUGACUCAAUAUGCACAAUGUAUGCUGUUCCCAGUCAAUCCUGCACUACAGGAACCUUUGCAGUCAUCGACAACUGAGUCAGCUCAGGUUCCCCUUUAAAAGGAGCCGAGCAACUUGCGUACCGCCAUAACAACUUCUCACUACAUAACUUCUCAAAUUUCUGGCAUAACUACGUUUGGAGAGUGUAAUAUUUUGUUAGAAGUCAUCCUCGAUGCCUUAAGAGUUAUAUUGUUGAACAGAGGUAUGUAUAUAGCUUUUGUUGCUGGAGCUAUCACCAGUUUUUUGCUCGGACUUUCCAAAAAUGUCACUGGAUGUGUGUUGGAUCCUCCAAAAGUAAUGCAUUUUUGGAGGAUCCAUCACAGGCAUGACAAUAUUUUUGGAGAGUCCGAGCAAACAUAGCUUGCCAAUGUAUGGAGAGCCAAGUGCAUCUAAAAAACGUGAAAUUGUGACGUUUUCAUUAUUUUUUAGGCUUUUCUUGUGUUUAUAAACUCAAGUUGUACUCACAUAAGAUUGUUAGUAAUGUAAUCUGUAUAAUACAAACAUUUACGAUUUUAUAAAUUUUGUGAAUUAAAUUUGUCUUCUAACGAUGAACAUACAAGCAAUAUCGUUGUUAUUUGCUUCUCUAGCAAGUCCUCAUUGGUACCAAUGAAUUGUUUACUGCAAUUAA